AUGAGCAGCACCUCGCCCAGCACUGUGCGCGACGACCUCAACCUCGAUGGUAUCGAGGAGCACCCCGAGCGCCCGACCUUGCACGCCACUGGCAACCCCAAACUGCCUUACAUUCUAAACACCCGCCGCUUCGGCAGCCACAUCUUCUUCGGUCCUUACGUUUACUUUCCUAUCAUUUCCGGGCUAACAUGGCUCGGCGGUCUGCUCGCCCUCAUCGGGCUGUGGGCCGCUGACGGACGCCCGCGCUACCGCCCAACGCAGGGCAGCAUUGUCUUUGUAAGCCACGUCGCUGGCGUGCACAGAACCAUGUUCAUCUGCAUCACGGCUGUCGUUGCUGCGUUCUGGUGGGCGACGGUCAUCUCGGAACGAUGGUUGCGACACACGAAUCGCCUGCCCUCAGACAUCCGCAGACGCGAGUGGAUCCUUGGCUACUGUGCAAUCGGCUGCGCCUUUAUCGGCGGGAUGGGUCUUCUCUUGCUCGCCAUCUUCGACUCCUACGACUACUCGCGCCUGCACUGGUCGAUGACCUGCGUCUUUAUCGUCUUCACUGCGCUGAGCGCCAUCUGUCAGACGGGCGAGGUAUGGAGUCUGUACAAGGACCACCCGCAGAGAAUGUCGCUCCUCCGCUCCUCGAUCUUCAAGCUCAUUGUCGUGCUAUCCGCCGUGCUGGGCGCUGUUGCCUUCGCAAUCCUCUACGGCAUCUGCCGCGGCAAGAGCGUUGCGCGGGGAUCGAGAAGCGCCAACACCUGUAACAACAUCACGUCAGGCGCAGCCGCCAUGGAGUGGACAAUCGCGUUCAUCCUCGUCUUCUACUUCCUCUCGUUGACCGGUGACCUGUGGGGCAGCGGCAAGACGUCGCCGCGAUACCUCCGCCACUUGGCGCAGUGGGAGGCGAAGCAGGCCGGCUUGAAUAGAUGGAACACGCGCGCCGAGGAGCUCAAGGAGCAGGCCAUCGCGCGCAACCGUGGCGAAGAAAUCAUGGAAGCCGAACGCAGGGCGACGCAUUCGGCAGUGUAAUACAUAUAAACCAUCACCCGACGCAUAAUCACACAGUUCUCACACAUACCUAGACUCUCCUUAGACUGAUAGAUAACCGAUCCUUUUGUAAGCGUAGAAUGCAGCCUCCGUUGUUCUUU